AUGGUCGGUCAAGGGUAUGCUUGGAUCACGACUUCUAUGAUUACAAAUUUCGUGAAUUCAAUGGAUCCAUCAGUCAUUGAGUCAAUGCAGGGGGUGGUGGGAUUCAAACCUUACAUUCCAGCGUCCAAGGCGGUUCGCAGAUUCGAGAUCAGGUGGAGUAAAAAUCUUGAUGAAAAUCAAAAUUUACAGGAAAUGGAACUAAAUGUGUAUGGUAUGUGGACCUAUGAUAUAGUUCACGCUAUUGCAACAGCAGCAGAAAGAGUGGCGACUGGACAUCCUCAUAUCCUACAUCAAGAAACCAGAUUGAAUAUGAACUUCACCACCAUCCUUACAUCUCAAAGUGGUUUCCUACUUAUGAAUGAGAUGUUGCAGAGUAGAUUCCAAGGCAUAGGUGGUGCCUUUCAACUUACCGAUGGCAGGCUGAUCCAAAGGGAAUUCGAGAUCGUAAAUGUAUUCAGGGGAGAAAGAACAAUUGGUUACUGGAAUCUAGAAAACGGGAUUACCUCAAUAAUGAAGGAAGAAAACCAUACUGAAACCAAUUUGACAUCAUCUAGUAAGCUUGUAAGUGUUAUUUGGCCUGGAGGAACCAAGGGCAUUCCAAAUGGUUUGUUUCUACAUAGCAAGAGGUUUAGGAUUGUGGUUCCAGUAAAGAUUGGAUUCCAAGAAUUGAUUAGGGUGGUUCGUGAUCCCCAAACAAAUGAAAUAACUGUAACUGGAUUCUGUGCUGAUGUGUUUAAGGAAGCCACUAAAAGUUUGGAUUAUGAAGUACAUUAUGAGUUUAUCCCAUCUGUUAAUGCCGACAGAAUAAAGUCGACAACUUACGAGAAUUUUGAUGCUGUUGUGGGGGAUAUAACAAUCCUUGCCAGCAGAUUUCCGUUUGUCGAUUUCACGCAGCCGUUCACUGAUUUAGGCAUCGGAGUUGUAGUGCCGAAAAUCAACAAGAACAACAUCUGGAUUUUGCUGAAGCCUCUUUCUGCAGAUUUGUAG